CGCCGCCCUGGCCCUCCUCCCAUGCCGGCCGCCGGGUUCGUCUCGGUUGGACUCCCCACUCCCUCCCAUUCCCCGCAAGAGAAAAAACAUUAAAAAAAACACACACCACAGCGCGGAGAGGAAAUUCGCCUGGGGAGGGUACCUCGCCGCCCGCGUCCGUCAAAGGCGGCGGCUGCGGCGGAGACGAUCCUGCGCCGGGAUCAGGCCGCGCCGUCGAUCCGCUCCGCCCGUACCCAGGUUGUGGCUAAGGUUUGCGAAAGAUGGGUACCUCUUCCGAUGCGAAUUUCCACCAGCAACCGCCGACCCAGGGGAUGCUGCCACCUAGGCAUGGUCCACGGCCCUCGGGGCUGCAGACCUCGCUCUCACUGGCCUCAACGGAGCAGGUUGGCUCGCCGGACAUGCAGGAGCCCGGCUCAAACUCUGAUCAGGGGCAUGACUCCGCCACCGAGAGCGCCAGUUCCAGGGAUACAUGGCCCGUGGAGCCGAACCAGAGCAAUGGUGCUGCUGCUGGUGGUGUUGUGAAUAAGGUGGACAAGGAGAAGGAAGUGGCGAAUGGUAUCUCCAAGUUGCAGGUUGUCCGCGGAGCCUCCCGUGUUGGCAGGAUGCUGCUACGGGAGGUUGCACAGGAGGGGGUUGACCUGGUUGCCGAGAAAAUGAAGGUGAUGCUGGAGGAGCACUUGGAGGAGAUCAAGAAUGAGCUCAGGUUGAUUUUGGAGGGCACCGGGGGUUCUCACCACAUCGAAGAGUUCUUGUACCUGCAGAAGCUUAUCCAGGACAGGGGUGAUUUGACACCAACCAUGCUUUCAAUGGCGCACCAUGUGCAGCUGGAGAUCCUUGUUGCAAUCAAGACUGGAAUACAGGCCUUCUUGCACCCAAGCGUUACCAUUCCCCAGAGUCGCCUAGUGGAGGUCUUCUUGUACAAGAGGUGCCGGAACAUUGCUUGCCAGAGUGCUCUCCCUGCUGAGGAAUGCAGAUGCAACAUAUGUGCUAACAGGAAUGGUUUUUGCAACCUCUGCAUGUGUGUCAUUUGUAACAAGUUUGAUUUUGAGGUCAACACAUGCCGCUGGAUUGGGUGUGAUUUCUGCUCUCAUUGGACGCAUACGGAUUGUGCAAUUCAAAAUGGCCAGAUUGGAAUGGGACAAUCAGUGAAGAGCAGCACUGGCCAUGCUGAGAUGCUUUUUAGGUGCCGGGCUUGUCAGAGGGCCUCGGAGUUGCUGGGUUGGGUUAAGGAUGUCUUCCAACAAUGCGCUCCUGGUUGGGAUAGGGAUGCUUUGUUACGGGAGCUUGAGUUUGUUUAUAAGAUAUUCCGUUUAAGUGAAGAGCCAAAAGGGAGGGUGUUGUUCAGGAAAUGUACAGAAUUGAUUGAAAGGUUAAGGAACACUCCUGAUUCCAUCAAUCCUAGGAUGAUACUACAGGCACUUCAAGAGCUUGAGAUGGAUUGCCCAAAGAACUCCGAAAAUGAAGAUCCAGGGCGCCUGAUCACUCCCCAGGAGGCCUGUAAUCGCAUCGCAGAGGUAGUCCAAGAAGCUGUAAGGAAGAUGGAGCUUGUCGCCGAAGAGAAAAUGCGACUCUACAAAAAGGCUCGCCUUGCUGUAGAGGCCUGCGACCGGGAGCUGGAGGAGAAGGUCAGGGAAGCGCAGGAGCUCAAGGCCGAGCGGCUGCGCAAGAAGCAGCAGGUGGAGGAGCUUGAGAGCAUUGUCCGGUUGAAGCAGGCUGAGGCCGAGAUGUUCCAGCUCAAGGCGAGCGAGGCCCGCCAGGAGGCCGAGAGGCUCCAGAGCAUUGCCCUUGCCAAGUCCGAGAGGGCCGAGCAGGACUACGCCAGCAUGUACCUCAAGCGCCGCCUGGAGGAAGCCGAGGCGGAGAAGCAGUUCCUCUUUGAGAAGAUAAAGCUCCAGGAGAACCAGAGGCCUCCACAAGCGAGCAGCAGCAGGGCUGGUGAUCCCCCACAGACGCUGAUGCUCUCCAAGAUCCAGGACCUCCUCAAGAACGUCCGUAGCAUGCCGAUGAAGUCAGAGGGGCAUUAGUCAAAAUAAGAGCGGCAGUGCUGCUCACUUUAAGUGUGAUGUUGUGCUGAUGCAUGCUGAUUUCUUCAAUGUAAAGUAUCAGCAGAGGUAUAAUGGUCGUACCCUGAGAAAGUUUAAUCUCUUUCAGCUGUUGUCACAAUGUCAUUAGGUCUGUUGGUGCUUGUGAUGUGCCCUUGUAGGCUACCCAUGUUAACUCGGUUGUUGCAUCUGAGCAUAGUAUGCUUCGCUCCUGUUAAUGUUAAAUUUAGCAGAUACGAAACAGCUGAUGCAAACAGUUAUGGUUCUAUAUAUAUACACUUUCCUAGACCAAACAUAUGUAAUGUAUGGUCUUGUU